AUGUCCAUCUCGAGAGACGACGACGACGCUUUGUUCGCAGCACUACUGUUCAGGCCGCGGACGCAGUCCAGCAACUUCCAGGAGCCGCUCGCAGCCCCGACUCCCCCUGCACCACCUCCACCUCCCGUUUAUGGUGUAGAAUAUCACACCCCACAGUACUACGGCGGGUACUCUGCUCAGUACCUGCAACCUGGAGCGGCAUACGCUGGACCAUCUUCCGCGCCUUCUCAUGACGCCUGGGAACCUGCUAUCAACGACGAACAACCUAUGGAUCUUGCGUCGAGCGACGCUGGAUACGACAUGAAGGUUGAGAUACUGGAGCAGGCGACGGCAGAGGCCGUCGACGAUAUGGACUACGACUCGUAUUCCAUCGCGUCAUCGAGGGCGAGCCCGGUCACGCCUGCGAUUGACCUGCCCUACGAGCAGUAUCGGAGUCCGUCGUCUAAGCAGCCGGCCAAGGAGCUGUCAGCACUAAACAUGGCCCCUUUACCUCCACCCACGUCUGCCGCCGAGCCCGCCACAAAACAUCCUUCACCGUACAACGUCCACACACCGCUACCAGGAGUCAAUAUAAACCCUUUGCUAUGGCCCAAGCCUGCACCAUUACCGGAGGUCAACACGGUACCGCUGCCAUGGCAUCUACUUACCCCUACUGUAGCCCAGAAGACGGACACCCUUGGGAUGACAAGGGCAAGCAUAGAGAGGGACGUGUCUUCGCAACAACCAUUGAGGUCUUUACCUCAAGAGCAAAGUUCAUCCGUUGUGCAAACGCCUCAAUCAGUCACAUCCCGGCCACCCGCUGACUCCUUGAUAAGGGCGGCGGCGGCGGCUUCCGCCGCUUCGCCAGAGGUGCCAGUCCAAGCUCUGGAUCCUACAAGGCUUAAGGCUUCAUCGUUGUCCACCUUGACUUCCUUGCCUUCUACUACAGUGUCGUCCACUCCAGCCAUAAUGCCCGGUGGUAUCUCGCAGGCUCAUCCUCCCAGCCGCCCUGAAACCGCUUGGCAGCCCUCGGCGCCCAGCAAGCCAGACUUGCUACAGCGACAGCAACUUCAGCAGCGCAUCACGAAACUGGAGCAAGAGCUUGCGAGGCGCAAUGGAGGCGCUAGCGCGAGUGCAAGUGGGAGCGCCUCGCCUGUCAUUGGCACUACGGCAUCGGUCACUGAACGAAUCGAGAAGAGCACAGAGGAUGAAUCUGCUACGGCCCUCCGACUUGAUCCUGCUUUAGCAGAGUUACGUCGUUCUGUCCUUGCCACCAGAGGCCACGCGUCAGCAGCAACAAAAUCAAUCGCAGCGUCAUCGACGCUCGCAGAUGCUGCACAAACAGAUCCUAUAGAUGACGCUGAGAUCACAACCACGAUAGCCGUCCCCAAGCCUUCGCUCGUUGUCCAUGCUGCGUCUACCGUACAGGCAACUGUGUUCAAUGGGAACGCAACUUCAUCAUCAACUCCCAGCCGCAGCACAACGGCCACCCCCAGUACAGCUUCUACGGCCGCAUCGUCGAGUGAGAAGAAUAUCAACCUCGAUGACAUGGCCGUAUCCUUCAUAACGGCGACGCUACAAGCUGUACGACCAGCUUUACCUUCACUUUCAUCCUCAGUGCCACCACCGCCUUCAACACCCAGGUUGCCGCAGCUUGAUGAGAAGACGCGGUUAGCCGCGCAUCAGCAGCGUUUGGAAGAACUCAUCGCCGAGAGUCAGAGGCUUUUAACACAACACGCACAGGCGCGGUCAAAAGCAGAAAGGCAACGCAUCUUAGGAGACCUGCGAGAGUGCACGCGACGCACUCCAGAGGAGGCACAAUCGGAAGUGUUCUAUGUUUCUAUCCUUCGAGCACCUAAUGCAACACUAUCUUUUCCAGGGCGACCGUUCAGGUUUGCCUAUGCAUGUUGUAAGAUCUCAGACGCGACACUGGGUCCGUUGACAUCGGUCUUCGAGACCCAGGGUGAUUUACGUCCAUUCUCCGAUGCUGUGUUCAGGAUCUCUUCCUUGCGAGAGAUUCAAUGA